CAGCCCCGGCUGGAGCGCGCACAGUGUUCAGGAAUCAGGGGACGACGGGAAGAAAAGAGGACCGAUGAAUCCGCAAGGAGGAAAGGCCUUCGGGGUGCUGAAGGCCCAGCAAGAAGAUUUCCUCGACUCUCUCAAUAAGGAAUUCUUGGAUGACCCCAAAUACAGCACAGAUGAAGACCUUGCUGAAAAAUUAGAAAUGUUUAAAAAGAAAUUCUUGGAAUUCGACCUUAAUGCACAAGGUGACAUAGAUAUCAUGGCCUUGAAGCGCAUGUUGGAAAAACUGGGUGCAGCCAAAACCCACCUGGAACUGAAGAAGAUGAUCACGGAAGUGACCGGGGGAAUGAGCGAGACCAUCUCUUACCGGGACUUCGUCCGUAUGAUGCUGGGCAAGCGGUCAGCCAUCUUCAAAAUAAUUCUGAUGUACGAAGAGAAAGCCAAAGAGAAAGAUGAGAAACCACCCGGGCCUCCUCCCAAGAAAAUAAUUGCAGAUCUUCCUUAAAGGUCCCCACUU